AUGGUGUUGACAUCAAAACCAGAGAUUUACACAUGGGGAAAAGGAUUUAAUGGGCAGCUAGGCCAUGGAACCGUUGAGAACAGAAGGGAGCCUGCGGUUGUAGGGCAUGUCCAAAAUGUAUUGGAUCCAUUACAGCAAGUAGUUGCAGACGGAUGUCAUCUGACUAGAAACACCGGCUUAUACAUUUCGGCUGCCGGUUUGGGUGGUGGCGCAGAGAUCAACACGGCGGCGAUCUAUAGCUUCCCUUGGAUAAUUAGACCUCAUGUCUGUGGUGUGGCGCAC